AUGUUGCCGCCGAUCGACCGCAGCGGCUUUCAUCUAGCCAUCAUCUGUGCGUUGCGCAUCGAAUCGGACGCUGUGAGGCUCCUUUUCGACGACAUUUACGAGACAAAGUACGGACGGGAGACCGGCGACACCAACACAUACACGACGGGCCGCAUUGGGAACCAUGCCGUCAUACUCCUUCUACUCCCAGGCAUGGGGAUGGAGGCAUCGGCGGUAGGCGCAAGGAGCUUGCAGUCGAGCUAUACCAACAUCAAGCUUGCCCUAAUCGUCGGUGUUUGCGGAGGUCUGCCCCAGAUCCGUGGUCGGGACGCCUUUUUGGGUGACGUGAUUGUCAGCAAAAGCAUCGUCAACCAUGAUUUCGGCAGGCGAUACCCGGACAAGUUCGUCGUUAGGUCCACCGAGGACACAUUAGGACAAACCAACAACGAUAUCCGCGGACUGCUCGAGCUUUUGGAAGGCAAGGACGAGCUGGACCGCCUGCAGAAAAAGGCAAGGGCGAAUCUGGUGACUCUGCAAGCCGCCGCCACCGCCGCCGACAAGGAGUGGGGGACCAGCUACAGCCCUCCUACCGACGCUACCGACAGGAUGUUUCGUGCGGAUUACGAGCACAGUCACCACAGGGAAGACUGUGACGACUGUGACGCAGACCCCCCGCGCUUUUGCGAACGGGCCUCCAAGCUCUCAUGUGACGAGGCUGGGUGUAAAACAGGCCGCUGUGCCCCGAGACAGAAUCGACAGCAGGAGCGCCCGGUGGAGCUCGUCCCCCAGGUUUUCAUGGGUAGGGUGGCUUGCGGCAACGCGAUUAUGAAAUCGGGCAAACACCGCGACGAGGUUGCCAAAGAGCACGAUGUGAUCGCCUUCGAAAUGGAAGGGGCCGGGGCGUGGAAGGAGGUCCCCUGUGUCGUCGUCAAGGGCAUCUGUGAUUACGCCGACAGCCACAAAAACAAGGAAUGGCAGAACUUCGCUGCGGCAACGGCGGCUUCGGUGGCCGCGGCAAUCCUAAACAGAUACGAGGUGCCAGGCGGCGCCAUGGAAAGAGUCUCCAAGAGACGGAGGCUUAACUCAGACGGCCGCAACAGCGCCACGACCAACAGCCACAACGUCAACGACAGCCACAACGCCGCGACCAAUAGCCACAACACCAUUACAAACGGGGAUGGGGCAGUGGCCGUGGGUGGCAACCCAUCACAAGAUUGCCUCAAAUCGCUCGCCUUUCCGCAAAUGCACAAUCGCUCCCAUGACAUUGACCGCGCCGUCACGGGGACAUGCGAGUGGCUGCUUCGACACGAAGAGUAUCGGAGAUGGGCCGCUUGCGAUCGAGGCCUGCUCUGGAUCAAGGGAAAGCCGGGCUCCGGGAAGUCGACAUUGCUAAAAUACGCCCUCGACAACGGAACCGUAUCCAGCGCCGGAAAGAGCACCCUCGUUCUCUCGUUCUUCUUCCACGGUCGCGGCGAUGAACUCCAAAGAACUCCUCUUGGCCUCUCCCGGUCUCUCCUUCAUCAGGUCCUCAGGCAGGCCCCCGACGCACUGUCAGAUCUCGUCGACACCUUCGAAAAAAACCGCAAGGACAUCGGUCAACCGGGUGAAAAGUGGCAGUGGCAUCAGGAACAGCUGCAGCGCUUUUUCGAGCUGUCUCUUCCGAACGUCCUGAAGACUCGCUCAGUCUGGUUGUUUGUCGACGCGUUAGACGAAUGUGGCGAACAGAAUGCGGUCGACCUGGUCAAAUGGUUUGAGGCCUUGCUCCGGAGCCCCCCGUCCCUCGGCUUACAGUUUCGCGUCUGCUUCACUUGUCGUCACUACCCGAUUCUAGCCCUGGACUGUGCGUUCGAAAUAUGCCUUGAGCAUCAGAAUCGCGAGGAUAUCUCGACCUACGUGCGAAACCAGCUCUCCACCUUCAGCAAACGAACGUCAUCUACGAUUCCGGCUUUGAUCACAAACCGCGCACAAGGCGUUUUCAUGUGGGUGCGUCUCGUGGUGAAGCAAAUUCUGGACCUUGACCGUCAGGGUGAAGAAUUGCGUGCGAUUGAAGCGGCAAUCCAGUCUAUCCCUCCGGAUCUCGAUGAACUAUACCGCACACUCCUUCAGGGCAUGAAAUCGGAUUCCCUAAAGCUGAUCCAGUGGAUCUGUUUUGCCACGCGUCCCUUGUCAGUGGCCGAACUACGAUGGGCUAUGAUUAUCGAGGGCGAUUGUCCACACCGGUUAUUGCAAGAAUGCCAAGGCACCGAAAACCAUGAAUCCGAUAGUGACAGGAUGGAGAGGAUGAAGAGGCGAGUUCAGACGCUUGGCCGCGGUCUCGCAGAGAUCGUGCCGUCAUCCAAUGCGCAAGUUGUCCAGUUUAUCCACCAGUCCGUUAAGGACUACUUCGUCGACAAAGAUGAUCUUUUGGAAUGUUUUGCUUGGCCAUCAAACGCUCUCGUGGAUUUAUGGGUGCGUGUUUACAAGAUCCUGGAUGGAUAUUCCCGUGAUCGUCCACCAGGAGGGACCAGCCUGGUACACGUUGCGUCGAGGUAUCAGGCGGUAGGGCUGUUAAGUGUUAUUUUGCAAAGGGCAGACAAAAUUGGCACUGAGAUCGAUAUUGGAGAUGGGGAAGGUCGGACGCCGCUGUCGUAUGCUGCGGAGAACGGGCACGAGGCUGUCGUCAAGCUGCUGCUCGCUACAGGCAGGGUCGACGUCGAGUCGAAGGAUGAAAAGGGGCAGACGCCGCUAUGGUGGGCCGCGGCAAACGGGCGCGAGGCCGUUGUUAAGCUGCUGCUCGCUACAGGCAGGGUCGACGUCGAGUCGAAAGAUGGUUAUAAGCGGACGCCGCUGUUAUAUGCCGCGGAAAACGGGCACAAGGCUAUCGUUAAGCUGCUGCUCGCCACAGGCAGGGUCGACGUCGAGUCGAAAGAUUAUUGGGGGCGGACGCCGUUAUUGUAUGCCGCGAAAAACGGGCACAAGGCCGUCGUUAAACUGCUGCUCGCCACGGGCAAGAUCGACGUCGAGUCGAAGGAUUAUUGGGGGCAGACGCCGCUGUCGAGGGCCGCGAAAAACGGGCACGAGGCUAUCGUUAAGCUGCUGCUUGUAACGGGCAAGGUUAACGUCGAGUCGAAAGAUGAUUAUAAGCAAACGCCGCUGUUAUAUGCCGCGGAAAAAGGGCACGAGGCUAUCGUUAAGCUGCUGCUCGCCACGGGCAAGGUCGACGUCGAGUCGAAGGAUGAUUAUGGGCAGACGCCGCUGUCGCAAGCCGCGGAAAACGGGCACGAGGCCGUCGUUAAACUGCUGCUCGCCAUGGGCGGUCGACGUCGAUUCGAAGGAUGAAAAGGGGCAGACACCGCUGUCGUUGGCGGCGCGAAACGGGCGCGAGGCCGUUGCGAAACUUUUCAAAUAACGACUUUACCACCUCCCCACCCACCACCUACUGCCUGCCCUUAAUUAUAUACCUAAAACGUGGCAAAUAGAAGGCCCAAGAAUGUGAAAGAGCGUUGCGAAGCCAAUGCUUGUUAGAUG